GACGACGGCAGCAGUAUAAAAGGCUCGGUCCGUCCUGCUCCGGUUUAAAAGUCGGAAAUGUGCGGCCGUUGAGGACACAGACAUCACAGGUCGAAUUACAUGGAAAGAAGAACGCAUUUUUUUUCCGAUCGCCAUCUUAUUUCUUCUUUUGAAGAUGAUUUCGAUUUCUUCACGUUAAGACUUGAUGAAAUGGUUGGUUUAUGAUGACAUCAUGCAGUUAGUAUUUGUGGGCGGGCUCUGAGCUGAGAGGGGAGAGGGGCGCAACCGGAGAGCACUAACGGCCAGGCGCCAUUAGGUAACAAUGUCACAUUAAUGUCCGUUUAGGAACAAAGCAUUCAUAUGAAUUACCUUUUAAAACAGCUAUGUCGGUAACGUGUUGUGUCUACACAAAAUAUACGAGAUAGCUGUCAAAUCAUGAGAUGUAGCCUUCUUUUUAUUUGGUGAAGAUGGAUCUCGACCUAAAACAAGAUGGCGUCGAUUUUUUUUUUUUCCCCCCAAUUAGGGCGGCGGCGCCGUGCGCGUUCUCGAAACAAUGUUAUUUCCUGUUUUCGUGCUGGAUUGUUCUUAAACGAAAGACCUCAGACCGAGAGGUUGAUCUUGACUUUAUGACUUGGCUUUUUAGGGGUUUUUUUUCCUAAGCUGUGCUGGUGGAGAAGAUGAAUAUUUUCUCUGAUUUGGGGAAAGUCCAACACACGACAGCAAACAUUAAAUCAUCCCAGCAGUUCCAGAUUUAUGUUACACAAACACCAAAUUUUUCCCUUAACGAUGUCAAAGAUAGUUGGAACAUACAGAACAGACACCAUAUUCACUUUAAAAUAUUAGUUUAACUUUAGCCCCAUCUAGCGGAUAAGAUAAGUGAUUACUGAUAAUGUUGGCAAUGAAAAUCUUAAAUUAGGUAUAAUUUUAAAAUGACAUCUAUGAUUUAAUUAAAAUUUCCAGUCCAUAUCCUCUUUAAACAGGGAAAAUAAUAGUUUUUUAUUUUAUUUUGACUGCUCCUUGAUGGAGGUGUAGUUUCUAAUUUUUCAGUUUAAUCUCAGCAUCUGAGGUCACUUCAAAUGGAAUAAGCCAUUUUACUCACAUUUGUAUAAUAAGACAACAACAAGAAUAACCUUAAAUAAGGUGAUGUCAACAAUUUAUUUUGAACAAUUAGUGACUCAAUUAGACAGAAUAGAUUUCAGGAAUGCUGGGUUUAUUACUCCGGUACCCAGGACUGAAUUUAGGAAGAUGUGGGCCCUAACAAAAUUAUUUUUACUUAUGCAACUUACAGUAGAUUGAUCAUUAAGUAGGCCCUUUAUGAAGUUAGACCCAGUUAUACAGGUUUGUUUCAUCCAAACAUUCUCCACCAUUAGGUUUUUAAGACAGCAUAAAGAGGAGUAAACUUUUGCCAAAAUAAUUAAGAAAUUUUGAGGUUAAUCUCAGAUUUUCUACAAUAAACAUGGGAGGGUUUUUUUUAGGUUGAAAGGUUGACAAUUAGCUAGAAAAAAACUCAAAUUUUGAGAUGAAUCUUUCCGCAACAAAAAACGGAUAUUUCUGAGUUUGAAAAGUUGAAAAUUUACUAGGACAAAAGCUCUUACUAAUCCUUCUUUUCAAUCUGCAGUGGCCCCAAUACGCCAUCGAAGGCAUUAUAUUUUUAUCCCAACGUUGUGAAAAAUAAGUUGUUUUUUUUUACAGCAAAAGCUGUUUUUCCCCUGUUGACCGACAGAGGGCGCUGUGUUAACCGAAUCCACAAACGGUGACGUCAAUUCCUGUCCAAUCGGAGCUGACGUUGUUCUGAGGUCGUUUAUUGACCAGACAGGGAAGGUGACUUCGGGAGCAUUUAGUCCACAUCAAACCCCUUCCUGGACGGGGUUUUAAUCUAUUAUCGAUCAUGUCUUCCUUUGGAAGGGCGAUCGGAGUCCUGCGGGCCGGAACCGGGCUGCUUAGGCCCGGCCCAGGACGGAUAACCAGCAGAAAGGCCAGCGGCGGACCGCACAUUGAGCCGCAGUACAGACAGUAUCCGCAGUUAACCAAGAAGCAAAAGUUCGAGUCGGAGUUCCUCAGCGGGGCUAUGUGGUUCUGGAUCCUCUGGCACUGCUGGCACGACCCAGAUGCGAUCCUGGGUCACUUCCCCUGGCCUGACGCCUCCAGGUGGACAGACGAGGAGCUCGGCAUCCCGCCGGAUGACGAGGAGUAAGAUGACAACAAACUGAAGCAGUUUUGCGAGAAAUCCUGCAGAUGUUCUGAAGUCGUCGUUGUACAUAUAAUAAAGUUAUCUUUAAGUUACA